AUGACUGUGCUAGACGGUAUUGCCAUUGUUACCGGCGCUGGUAGCGGCAUUGGCCGGGAAUGUGCCCUGGGGUUUGCAUUCGCUGGAGCGGCCGGUGUCGUCUUCGCGGAUAGAAAUCUUCAUGCAGCUGAGGAAGCUGCUGAGACUAGCCGCAGGGUUGCCAAUAAUACUGAUCCUUAUCAUCCAAUGGCUAUUCAGGUGGACGUGGCGGACAGACAGAGUGUCGAGGGGAUGCUUUCGCAGACGCUGGAGACGUUUGGACGAGUGGACUAUUGUGUUAAUGCAGCAGGUAUGGCCAUGCGCGGGCCACGCAGUAUCCUUGACCUGAUGCCUGAUGAAUUCGACCAACUGUACCAUGUCAAUGUCCGAGGCACAACGAACUGCCUACAAACCAUUGCCAAACAGAUGCAAAACCAAGAUCUUCGCACGGUAUCCACCAGGAAUGGUCCGCGCGAGAUCGGCCGAGGCGUGAUCGUGAACCUGGGUUCGAUGCACUCACACAUCGCUGCCAAGGAUAUUGCGCAUUAUACCAUGUCCAAACAUGCCGUUUUGGGGUUGACAAAGAGUGCUGCCCUGGAUCUAGCUCCUCAUGGCAUACGCGUUAACAGCGUUUGCCCGACAUGGGUCGACACGCCCAUGAUCGAUGCUGUUGAGGGCAGCGAGCAACUACGAGCCAUGGUCAAUGAUGUUGUGCCGCUAGGGCGCAUUGCACAACCGGACGAGGUGGCUGAUGUGGUCUUGUUUCUGUGCAGCCCACAGGCUAAUUAUGUAACGGGGAGUGGCUGGAUGAUCGAUGGCGGAUUAUCAUAUUUUCGUGAGGUCGGCUACUUCUGA